UGUAAUUGAUUAAGAAUCAAAAUUAAAAAUUUCCCUCUCUUAUAUGAAUUCCUGAUCAUUCAAUUUCCAGAAAUCUUAUAUUUAUAUCAACAGUUAAUUAGUUUCUGUUCUGAAGAUUUCGCACUGAGGUCAAUUCGUAGCAUGAAGGCACGGGAACCGUGCCCCUGCAAGCUCCAAUGGCAGUGACGCCAUUCCAGACACUGAUGCCACAGCCAUCACCUUUCCAGUCCCAGCUGGUCAGCACCAUGGCCCCUGUCAACUUGACUGGCGCGCUUAACGCUGCAGGGCCGUCGCGUCCCCCGCAAGGUACGAAUCCGCAGAUCACUCCUGAUGAUCAUUGCGUCUCAGUUGAGAGCGCUGACGGCGAGUGGGACAUUCCGAGGGCCCACAAGAAGAAGAAAGAAAAAAACAUCCGGCCAGCGACCUCCCGAAACUCUGCCUUUGAAAGGCUGGGGGAUAGGGAGGAAGGCCAGAGGAAGUCAGCCAAGCAAAGGCUGGGGCAGAGCGUUGCCCAUGUCAGCGCGUUCGCCCGGCUAGGCGAGGUGAGGGAGGUCGAGCCUGCCCGCACCCGGCGCUCCCCGUCUAACCGGCAGGAGCCAGCGAGGACGAGGGCCUCUCGUCAAGAAGAGGAAGCAGAGAGCCAGCCCAGGUUACCGGUGGGGAACCGGUUGACCAUCCCAAAUGACCGCGUCCAGCAGAUGGAGGCAAAACUGGAAAGGCUGGAAAAGAAGGUCGGGGAGAAGAAUGACCGGGACAAACCCCUGGCGGGGUCCCCGUUCACCACAAGGGUCCAUCUGACACCUUUCCCGCGAAAGGUCAAGAUCGACGCCCCUAGAUUCACCGGGAAGGAAGAUCCGGAAAUCCAUCUGGACUCCUUCAACCAGAGUGCGACCAUGAACGGUUGCACCGAUGAAGAAAAGUGCCUUCUUUUCUUCCAGACCUUGCGGAACCGAGCCACUGAAUGGUUCAAUAAGCUUCACCCGGGAAGCAUUGAUUCGUUCAGUGAUUUGGCCUCGAAGUUCAAGGCCAAGUUCCAGGAGAAUUGUACUAAGAGGAAGAAAUUCACCUAUCUUAGUACAGCCGGGCAGAGGGAGUCUGAGAACCUUACUCAGUUCCUUACCCGGUGGAAGGAAGAGGUAGACAAGGUGGAAGAGAUGGAUGACAAAACCGUCUUAUCCCCCCUCUUGAAUGGCUUGCGUGCCGGGGAACUAUACAAGGAAUUCUGCCGGAAACCCCCGGCCACAUACCAAGAGGCCUACCAUACUGCAUGGGAGUUUGCUGAGGCUGAAACUCAACUCCGGGCAAAGAAAGAAGCUGAGCAUGGUUUCAAGCCCAAGCCGAAGCAAGUCAAGAAGGAAGAAACACCGGGAUCCAGCCGGCCAAGGCACCACUAUGACCCGGUCGUCCGUAUGGUCAAUACGGAAGAAUGCCAAGAAAUCCGGAAAGCACCGGUCAUUCCUCCGGAAAACCCUACCGGUCAAACAGGGCGGCAGUGGUCGGGCACCUAUUGUUUGUACCACAGGCCAGCUGCCCCGGGGGAUGACCGGGACAGCGACCGGCGGAGGAAUAACCGGCCAAGGGAGCGGCAACCUGCUCCUGAAAAAGAACACAUAGGCAUGAUCUUCGGCAGACCUGAGGGUGAAGAUUCAGCCGCGCAACGGAAGAACUGGGUCCGGAGCAUUUGCGUUGGUGAGGUAAGCGCUGAACCGCCCAGACGUAAGCAUACUAGGAGGGAGCCGAUCGUCUUUACUGACCGGGAUCUCCCUCCUACCGGUGAAGAUCACAAUGAUCCAUUGGUAAUCACCAUGGACAUUAAUGGGGUGGAUGUCGCCCGGGUACUUGUUGACACCGGCAGCAGUGUCAACAUCUUAUACCUGAAGACUUUCCAAAACUCAGGCAUCAAUAAGGUCGGGGCGGUGAUUUCCAUGCCUCACCUGUGCAUGAAGUUCCACACUCCAGGUGGUGUGUGUGAAGUGAAAGGCGACCAGAGGAAUGCCCGGGAAUGCUAUGCCCGGGCAGUCAAGAAGAUGACCAAGGGGGUCAAUGUCAUCUCUCAAGAAAUCACAAAGGGAGAGACCCGGGAGAAAUUGGAACCCGAGGCCGAGACGGUGGAAAUUGAACUUCACCCGGUGUUGCGAAAUUCAACAUCCUCCGGGAGGAUGGUGAAGUGGGCAAUGAUGUUAACUCAGUUCAACAUUGAGUACCGGCCAAGGUCAGCAAUCAAGGGACAUGCCCUUGCAGACUUCCUGGUAGAAAUGACCGGUCUAACCCCAGACCUACGAGUCAACAAACCCGCUGAGCAAUGGUGGGAGAUGGCAGUUGAUGGGGCAUCCGGUCCUAGAGGAUACGGGGGCGGUAUUGUGUUCACCACCCCAGAAGGGUUCAAGAUCUACCAUGCAAUCGUCUUCAACUUCAAGCUGACGAACAAUGAGGCGGAGUAUGAAGCUCUGGCUGGAGGGCUCAGGCUUGCCCAAGCCCUGAAAAUCAGCCGGGUCAGUAUCAAAUCUGACUCCCGAGCAUGUUUCAAAACUUUUCCGGGUGGAAAUCCUGGAUCGAGCAGGCAUCGAAAAAUUGGAAUCGCCGCUAUAACAGCCGGAAGCCAAUCUGACCGGUCAAACCUGGUCGGGGCGGACGACCAUUGGAUGUGUGAUCUGAUGGAAUAUUUGAUGGAUGGGAGCUUGCCAGAACAAGAUGACCGGGCAAGAAAAGUGAAGCUCAGGGCACCACGAUUCCAGAUUCUUGAUGGAAAGCUGUAUAAAAGGGCAUUUGGGGGGCCACUCCUGAGAUGUCUAACCAACCGGGAGGCUGAGCGAGUCAUAGCGGAGGUCCACAAAGGCGUAUGCGCGGCGCAUCAAAUGUCCCGUACGCUUUCCCAGCGCAUCAUCUUAUUGGGGUAUUACUGGCCAACAAUUGUCCAGGAUUGGGAAAGGUAUGUUCAGAAAUGCAGAACAUGCCAAGUGUUCUACAAGUAUCCCGGUAGACCGGCGACCUACUAUCACCCCGUAUCGAAUGUCAUCCCAUUCGCUAGAUUCGGGGUUGAUAUCAUCGGAGCCUUUCCAGUCGCCCAAGGAGGGAAGAAGUUCGUAAUCGUAGCCAUCGAUUACUUCACCAAAUGGAUCGAGGCGGAAGCGUUGGCCAACAUUACCACGCAACAAUGCAAGAAAUUCAUUUGGAAGAACAUCAUCACGAGGUUUGGAGCGCCCAUGAACCUCAUCACCGACAACGGCCCACAAUUUCGAAAUCCAAGAGGCUUCGGAAUCAAGCACAAUCGCUCUUCGGUGGCGUACCCCCAAGGAAAUGGCCAAGUCGAAAACGCCAACAGAACUAUUGUAGAUGGUUUGAAGAAACGGUUGGGAGAAGCAGGAAACAAGUGGCUAGAGGAGCUCCCACACAUCAUAUGGGCAUUCCGAGUAACACCCAGGAGGGCUCAUGGGGAAACUCCAUUCUCCCUAACAUAUGGGUGUGAAGCAAGGCUGUCCAUCGAAGCUGAAUUCCCAACGUUCCGGGAAUUAAAUUAUCAACCCCAGCAAAAUGAAGAGGACCAUCUAGCUGAGCUCAACUUGGUCGAGGAACGAAGGAUGGCGGCAGAGGUGAGAAUGAGUACAUACCAACAAGUUGUGAAAAGUACCACGACAACAAGGUUGGGCCGCGGUACUUCCAAGUUGGGGAUGAAGUCCUACGAAGAAAGGAAGCGAGUAGACCAGGCGAUGGAGGAAAGCUGGCAAAAAACUGGGAAGGCCCAUACAGGGUUAGAGCCAUCAUUCGCCCAGGAACCUACCGGUUAGAAAGUCUAGAUGGUGUACCGGUAGAAAGAACUUGGAAUUCCCACCAUCUUCGCAAAUGCUACAAAUGAUUGUAAUACUAGGCGAGGCCUAACUACAUUAUCAAUCAAAAUGAUAUUCAAUACUCUACUUGGUAGUGGCGGAAUUGAUAGGUCGAACCUAUCCUAGAAGGGCUUUCCGGGUGGAUCGAAUCCACUUGGAUAAGCCAACUGAGACACAAGCCGGACCUGGCACGCUGGUUACUACACCGGUCUUGCUCAGUAUAAUAGAAAAAAUAUUAAAACCCGGA